UUGGCGCGACACUGUAGAAGCGCAGCAUACACACACCGGUUAGCGUCUCGUUGCUGAAUCACCUCGAGAUAUCGCAUUACUUCCUUUGAAUAGUUCUCGCUGAACAAAAUGCCAGAAGAAAUGGAGACGACCGGCGAGGUCGAGACCUUCGCCUUCCAGGCUGAGAUCGCGCAGUUGAUGUCGCUGAUCAUCAACACCUUCUACUCCAACAAAGAGAUCUUCCUCAGAGAGUUGAUCUCCAACUCGAGCGACGCCCUCGACAAGAUCCGUUACGAAUCCCUAACAGACCCAAGCAAGUUGGACAGUGGCAAGGAUCUCUUCAUCAAGAUCAUCCCCAACAAGAACGACCGCACCCUGACGAUCAUCGACACAGGAAUUGGCAUGACCAAGGCCGACCUCGUCAACAACCUUGGAACAAUCGCCAAGUCUGGGACGAAGGCAUUCAUGGAGGCCCUGCAGGCAGGCGCUGACAUCUCCAUGAUCGGUCAGUUCGGCGUUGGUUUCUACUCUGCGUACCUCAUCGCCGACAAGGUCACUGUCGUCUCCAAACACAAUGACGACGAGCAGUACCUGUGGGAGUCGGCGGCUGGGGGCUCCUUCACAGUGCGCCCAGACCCUGGUGAGCCCCUGGGCAGAGGUACCAAGAUCGUUCUCCACAUCAAGGAGGACCAGUCCGAGUACCUCGAGGAGUCCAAGAUCAAGGAGAUCGUGAAAAAGCACUCGCAGUUCAUCGGUUAUCCCAUCAAACUCGUUGUCCAGAAGGAGCGAGAGAAGGAGCUGAGUGACGACGAGGCCGAGGCCGAGGCUGAGGGCGAGAAAAAGGAGGAGGAGGACGGCAAACCAAAGAUCGAGGAUGUGGGCGAGGACGAGGAGGCUGAGGACAAGGAGAAAAAGAAGAAGAAGAAGACUAUCAAGGAGAAGUACGAGGAGGACGAGGAGUUGAACAAAACUAAGCCCAUCUGGACGAGAAACCCAGAUGAUAUCACACAGGAGGAAUAUGGCGAGUUCUACAAAUCUCUGACAAACGACUGGGAGGACCACCUAGCGGUGAAGCACUUCUCCGUGGAGGGUCAGCUUGAGUUCCGAGCGCUCCUCUUCGUCCCCCGUCGCAUGCCAUUCGACCUCUUCGAGAACAAAAAACGCAAGAACAACAUAAAGCUGUACGUCCGCCGAGUCUUCAUAAUGGACAACUGCGAGGAGCUGAUCCCCGAGUACCUGAACUUCAUGAAGGGAGUAGUGGACUCUGAGGACCUUCCCCUGAACAUCUCCCGUGAGAUGCUGCAGCAGAACAAGAUCCUCAAAGUGAUCCGCAAGAACCUCGUCAAGAAGUGCCUGGAGCUCUUCGAGGAGCUCACGGAGGACAAGGAGAACUUCAAGAAGUUCUACGAGCAGUUCAGCAAGAACAUCAAGCUUGGGAUCCACGAGGACACCACCAACAGGACUAAAUUGGCGGACCUGCUGAGGUACAACACAUCAGCCUCAGGCGAGGAGGUGUGCUCACUGAAGGAGUACGUGGCACGGAUGAAGGAGAACCAGAAGCACAUCUACUACAUCACUGGUGAAUCUAAGGAGCAGGUGGCCAACUCGUCGUUCGUGGAGCGUGUCAAGAAGCGUGGCUUCGAGGUGGUGUAUAUGACUGAGCCAAUCGACGAGUACGUGGUCCAGCAGAUGAAGGAGUUCGAUGGAAAGCAGCUGGUGUCCGUCACCAAAGAGGGCCUGGAGCUCCCUGAGGACGAGGCCGAGAAGAAGAAGAGGGAGGAGGACAAGGCCAAGUUCGAGGAGCUCUGCAAGAUUAUGAAGACCAUUCUUGACAACAAAGUGGAGAAGGUGGUGGUAUCCAAUCGUCUCGUGGACUCGCCCUGCUGCAUCGUCACGUCGCAGUACGGCUGGACCGCCAACAUGGAGAGGAUCAUGAAGGCCCAGGCCCUGAGGGACGCCUCGACGUUGGGCUACAUGGCCGCCAAGAAGCACCUGGAGAUCAAUCCUGAUCACUCGGUCAUUGAGGCUCUCAGGCAGAAGGCUGAGGCUGACAAAAAUGACAAGGCUGUCAAGGAUCUUGUUGUUCUGCUUUUUGAGACGUCUCUGCUGUCCUCUGGGUUCACUCUCGAUGAGCCCCAGGUUCACGCCAAACGCAUCUACAGGAUGAUCAAGCUGGGCUUGGGGAUCGACGAGGAUGACACGGUUCAUGAGGAGGUCAAGGUCGAGGAUGUGCAGGCCAUCGAGGCCGAGAGCGAGGACGCCUCCAGGAUGGAGGAGGUUGACUAAAUGGGUGGGGGGGCAAGACUGGUGGUUGAUUUGUAACCACGUUUUAUGUGGUUAACACGAUGCUGAACCGAGUGAUCUAUUCGAUUUGAUUUAAGAUUUAGAUUGUUAAAUCAUUCGCCGUAGGUGGUUCUCUCUUUUUUUAUUCAUCCGGAAGGUAUACCAAAUGCAUUUCUAUGAGUAGGUGGAUUCAUUGUCAUAAAUUUCGCGUAAUAAAUAUGGAUAUUAAUAAUA